AUGAAAUUUCCAGCAGGUUUAGAUUCUCCUUCUCCUAACCUAGUUUGUCGACUCAAGAAAUCUCUAUAUGGUCUUCGCCAAGCCUCUAGGCAGUGGUACGCUCGUUUAACUGCCGCUCUUAAUUUCAAGGGUUUUACUCACUCCCUUAACGAUUAUUCUCUUUUUUACAAGAAAACUGGUGAUUCUGUUUCUCUAGUGGCAGUUUACGUGGACGACAUUUUACUUACAGGCAACAAUGUUCAGGAAUUGAAUGAUUUGAAACAGUUCUUAGAUCAUGAAUUCAAGAUUAAAGAUUUGGGGACCUUAUCUUAUUUUUUGGGUAUGGAGGUGCUUCGUGAGCCAUCUGGUCUGAUCCUUUGCCAACGCAAAUUCACUCUUGAUCUUCUCACUGAAUUUGACUGUCUUGGUUUGUCUCCUGCUUCUUCUCCUUUGGACCCUUCUUCUAAACGUCGUUCUAGUGUUGGGGCUCCUCUUCCUGAUCCUCUACUCUAUCAUCGUCUUUUAGGCAAACUUAAUUUCUUGACUCACACCCGUCCUGAUAUUUCUUUUGCCGUCCAGCACCUUAGUCAAUUCAUGCAAGACCCUCGCGUGCCUCAUUUCUCUGCUGCUCAUCACUGCCUUCGUUAUCUCCUUCGUGACCCUAGUCUAGGCGUUUUCAUGAGCGCAGAUCCUUCUCUUGAUUUGCUUGCUUUUUGCGACUCCGAUUGGGGUUCUUGUCCUGAUAGUCGUCGUUCUGUCAGUGGGUUUUUCAUUAGUCUUGGCAGUUGUCCUGUUUCUUGGAAGUCCAAGAAACAACCCUCCGUCUCUUUAUCUUCUGCUGAAGCUGAGUACCGGUCCAUGCGGCGAGUCGUUGCUGAACUCACCUGGCUCGUGCGUUUGCUUGAUGAUCUUUCCGUUCUCCCUUCUUUGCCUGUGCCUCUUCAUUCUGAUAGUCAAGCCGCCAUCCACAUCGCCAAAAACCCCGUUUUCCAUGAGCGUACCAAACAUGUGGAACUUGAUUGCCAUUUUGUUAGGCAGCAGUUCCAAGCGGGGCUUAUCUCUCUUUCCUUUCUUCCUUCCCAUCAUCAAAUCGCCGGCUUGUUUACCAAGCCCCUCUCUGGGCCUCUCCAUCGCAGUUUACUGGGCAAGUUGGGCGUGCUUUCCGCCCCCUCCAACUUGAGAGGGGGUGUUGUCGAUGAAGCUACUACUGAAGAUAGGGUUUCUGGAUAA